ACCACAGCACAGAGAGAUCAUCGUCGUCACCAUCCGGUCCUCGAUCGCCACUCAUCACCUUCUCCAAUCUCCAGACUCGUCCAGCAUCAUCCCAUGGCAGGCCAAGUAAUGGAAGCUCAGGCGGCGCGGCUGCAGCCUCCCACCAUGCUGGCGCCGCCGUUCGCGCCGCUGCCGCACAGCACCACCUGCAAGCACGACGUCCACCACCACCACCUCACCACCACGACCACCACCGCCACGAUGGCCGCCACUUCCGGCACCACCACCAACAAUGUUGUUACCAGGACGGGUGGUGCGGCGGCGGCCGACAUGGCCGCCUACCUCCAGCAGCUGCAGGACGCCGCGGAGGCGGCGGCCAAGAGCAGCGGCGGGACCGGCGGCGCGGCGCGCGGGGAGCAGUGCCCGCGGUGCGCGUCGCACGACACCAAGUUCUGCUACUACAACAACUACAACACGUCGCAGCCGCGGCACUUCUGCCGCGCCUGCCGCCGCUACUGGACGCUGGGCGGCUCCCUCCGCAACGUCCCCAUCGGCGGGUCCACGCGCAAGCGCCCGCGCCUGGCGCACCACCAGCACCAGCAGCACGCCAGGCGCGCUCCGGCGGCGGCGGCGGCGGCGCACGUCUUCGGCCUCGGCCUCGGCCUCGGCGGCGCGGCGCCGCCACCGAUGAUGAUGAUGCCUCCCCUGCCCUGUUCGUCGUCGUCGUCGUCGUUGCAGGGACAGGGACAGGGACAGGGACAGGGCGGCGGCGGCCUCCUCGGCUCGCUGUUCGCGCUCGGCGCCGCGGGGGCGCCGCCGCUGCUCGAAGGCCGCGGCGCAGGGUCGUCGUCGUCGUUCGACUUCGACCUCGGGCUCGGGCUCCCGACAGCCGGGCCUUUACACCUGGGCGAGGCGGCGGCGGCCGUGCAGAUGCAAGGCCUCGGGCUUAGAGGGGGAGGUGGCAAUGGCAACGCAGCCGGGUCGUCGUCGUCCUUCCUGUGGCCCGCGGGGCUGCUGGCGGACAACGACGACAGCGUGGACACGUGGACGAAGAUGCCGCCAGGCGCCGGUGCCGGUUCAAUGUGGCCGGACUUCUUCUCUUCUCCGCCGGCGGCAGCGGCGCCACAGACCGGCGGGAUGAUGCUGCAUGGCGGGGCCCAUCUGAUGUGAGAUCGACGGCGUCGGCGUGUGUGCUUCCUUCGUGGCGUCCUACAGUAUAAAAAGCGCUAGCUCUAGGGCAUGCAGCAUACGGAGUACGUACGUAAUAGUAGGUCUCUUUUUUUCCCAGCAUUGUAUUAUUGGAUUGUGUCGUGUCUUGUGUACUCCUACGCAGCAGCGCACGCCGUGCUUCAGGUUCCUGCAGUUUUGGUCUCCCUUGUGUACGUACAGAAUGGUGUAGCUUCAGAUUCGUGGCUGUA